UGUCUGCCUGCAGCCUGUGCUCAGCUCCAACUGCUGCAUCUUCCGGAAGCCUCUGCCCAGACUGCAUAGGGUGGGAGCUGCUAAGAUUGUAUCAGAAGUUAAAGGUGUGCAAUCGGGCAGACCUGCCUGGAGGCCAAGGUCUUCCCUGUACCCCCAGAGCCCACCUCAUCACAGCUACAGAAUGGCUUCCAGCCCAGUUGGAGCUCCCAGCCCACAGCCCUCUAGGGCCAAUGGAAACAUCAACCUGGGGCCAUCAGCUAACCCAAAUGCCCGGCCCACAGACUUCGACUUCCUCAAAAUCAUUGGCAAAGGGAACUAUGGGAAGGUCCUACUGGCCAAGCGCAAGUCCGAUGGAGCCUUCUAUGCAGUGAAAGUGCUUCAGAAGAAGUCCGUCAUAAAGAGCAAAGAGCAGAACCACAUCAUGGCAGAGCGCAAUGUCCUGCUGAAGAACGUGCGGCACCCCUUCCUCGUGGGCCUGCGCUGCUCCUUCCAGACCCCAGAGAAGCUCUACUUUGUGCUUGACUACGUCAACGGAGGAGAGCUCUUCUUCCACCUGCAGCGGGAACGUAGGUUCCCGGAGCCCCGGGCCCGGUUCUACGCCGCAGAGGUGGCCAGCGCCAUUGGCUACCUACACUCUCUCAACAUCAUUUACAGAGACUUGAAGCCAGAAAACAUUCUCUUGGACUGCCAGGGACACGUGGUACUGACAGAUUUUGGCCUUUGCAAGGAAUGUGUAGAGCCCGAGGAGACCACAUCCACCUUCUGUGGCACCCCCGAGUACCUGGCCCCGGAAGUGCUUCGUAAAGAGCCUUACGAUCGAGCGGUGGACUGGUGGUGCUUAGGGGCGGUCCUCUACGAGAUGCUGCAUGGCCUGCCCCCCUUCUUCAACACAGAUGUGGCCCAGAUGUAUGAGAACAUUUUGCACCAGCCACUACAGAUUCCUGGAGGCCGGACAGUGGCUGCCUGUGACCUUCUGCAAGGCCUUCUCCACAAGGACCAGAGGCAGCGGCUGGGCUCCAAGGCAGACUUUCUCGACAUAAAGGACCAUGUGUUCUUCAGUCCCAUAAACUGGGAUGACCUGUACCACAAGAGGCUAACUCCACCCUUCAACCCAAAUGUGGAAGGACCUGCUGAUUUGAAACACUUUGACCCAGAGUUCACCCAGGAAGCAGUGUCCAAGUCCAUUGGCUGCACCCCUGACAACGUGGCCAGCAGUUCUGGGGCCUCAAGUGCAUUCCUCGGAUUUUCCUAUGCACAGGAUGACGACGACAUCUUGGACUCAUAAGAGGCAAGCACUUAUGAAGCCACCAAGACCAGCUGGCAACUUCCGGGACUACCUUCUGCUGCCAGAAAGACACAAUGAGUCUGAUGACUCAAAGAAGACGGAGGUGCUUACCAUUACAUAAAAGUCAGUGCAGGGCUCAGGCUGGCAGGACAGGGCACUGAGCACCCAGGUGUUUAUAGUUUUGAUUUGCCCUUCUUGAGAAAUGACUCCUCUGUUUGGUUUGUUGUUGUUGUGACAAAAUGUCCAGGAAAAGUAAUGGAAAGAGGAUCCAUUUGGACUCACCAUUUCAGGGAUUUCUGCCCAUGGCUUCGGGCCCCAUGGCUGUCGUCUUUAGCCAAAGCUGAGUCAUUUCGGUGGAAGGAGUGGCACAGAAAAUCUGCUUACCUUAUUCCUACCAGGAAGCAAAAAUAGAAGACUGGGCUGGGAAUAAGAUUCACCUUCAGAGUAAUGUCCUAAGUGACCGACACCCUCCAAGCGGGACCAACCUUUUAGUUAUCACCUUUCCACGCCAUACAAUUAUGAAUCUAUGAGUGGACUAAACAACUGAUGAAUCCUGGGCCCUUGUGAUCCAAUCAUGUACUAAAAGGGUCAGCAGAAAAUGGGAACCGUCAGAAAACACUUCAGAUCCAAACUGUAAUAGCUUUGAAUAUUGGGGUCACAUGAUCACAAAAUGGUGACUGGUACCAUAGCCACCACCAUUGUGUUCUAAGCAAGAGAAAAGGAGGAAUGGAACAGGAGUGGGUUAAAAAAAAAAAAGCACCAUAACCAGAAGCCCAGUCCAGUGGCUUCCUUUAGCACUUCAUAAAUCCCCAGUCCUACUUAAUGGAGCCUGGGUACAAGCUACUUCUCAUAGUAAGGGAGUUCAAACAUUCAAACACACUGAGGGAAAGGGGAAGAGUGUUUCAUAGGCAGCCAGAACUCUGGGGAAGGUCCUCUUGGUAUCUGAAUUUUUAUUUCAGUGUGUAAAAUGAUGAGAUGUAGUGUAUUGCCUUCAGUUUCACAUGGCUGUGUGUGGAUGGUCUCUUUGUUUUGAGUAGUAUUAGAUGAACUGGAUAUUUUCUAGUAGGUAUGGUUGCCUCAAGACCUUUUAAUUUUCAAGGAAUUCCCUAUUUUUGAGGCUUGAUUAGAGGGGGGGAGUGGCUACCUCUAUUUAGAAUAGGAAAAAAAAAAAGCCAGAUCCUGACUUCCUCAUCCUUCUCUGAGCUCAAGCAAGGCACAUGGUCCUGAGAUGCAUCUGUGCCAACCUGGGCCCAAGGACAGGACUGGGAAUUCUCUCGAGUUCCUCCUGUAGAAGAGGUGACAAUGUAGAUUGUAGCACCCAGUCCUCGGCAUAACAGGGCUGCAGCUCUGCUUCUGGAAGCCUCAAGGUUUUCUUCUGAAGACUUCAAAGUCUUUUAACACACUCCCUUUUUACUUAGUUGUCCAAAGUCAACCUCAGAACACUCCUCUUGGGUGAGUUGUGGAACAGAUGUUCACGGCUGUUAGCAAUUUUUAUCCAGAUGCCCCUAAAGCAGUAAUUACUUUACCUUCUUUUGUCAAUCAAGACACAAGGUCAGAGAAACUGUUCCUGCUUGAAGGCCACACCACUGACACAAGCUGGGAUAUGGAACUAUUUGACCUUGGGCUCUACCCUGUAACCUUUGGACACGUCUCCUCCUCCUUCAGGCUGUUGAGUCUUCCAAGCCGAUCCGCUGCCUAGCUUACUAAGUUCCAGGUGGUCAAGCUCCGUCAUUUCAAAAGCUAACUCUGGCUGGCAAGAGUGUGAGUGUGUCGUGUAUGUCCAGGUAUGGGGUAGGUUGUUUUAUUUCAGUUUCUUUUACAAACCUGCAGCACAUACUCCAGGGUAGCGUAUGUCCAGACGUGCCCAGGUAUGGGGUAGGUUGUUUUAUUUCAGUUUCUUUUACAAACCUGCAGCACAUACUCCAGGGUAGCGUAUGUCCAGAUGUGUCCAGGUGGGGUAGGUUGUUCUGUUUUAGUUCAGUUUCUUUUACAAACCUGCAGCACAUACUCCAGGGUAGCGUAUGUCCAGAUGUGUCCAGGUGGGGUAGGUUGUUCUGUUUUAGUUCAGUUUCUUUUACAAACCUGCAGCACAUACUACAGGGUAGUGUAUGUCCAGAUGUGUCCAGGUGGGGUAGGUUGUUCUGUUUUAGUUCAGUUUCUUUUACAAACCUGCAGCACAUACUACAGGGUAGCUUCAUUAGCUUGCUGGUUGGUUUGGGGACAACGGGAGGACUUCACUUGGUUCCACCCCUUUCCUCUCAGUUUUGUUCCCUCUGUCCCCUGCCCUAGGAAUUAAGGAGGGUGGCAAGGCUGGGACUCAUGAAAAUUACUAUUAAGAUUUGUAUGGGAAAGAAGCAAUUUCCAUCUUAGCUAGUACAGGUUAAUUGCUAGAGGUGGGAUACAAGGAGAGAACAGGGAUUUCCACUUACAGGAUUGUAACUGCCAGAAAUCUGAACAUGCUGUCAAGUCCACAAUCUGCUGGUUCUGUUUAAGAUGGUAAAACCACAGAAAGUUUCACCAGGAUAGGAAAGAAAAAUGCAGAGCAAGUGCACUAUUAAACUGAUUGUGUUAUA